CGACAGCCGAGACAUGCACACGGACGUGCGAUCGUUUUAGAAGGGCAGACAGACAUACAGUAUUUAUUUGUACGGCAAGCAGACACAGAAAGCGAAAGCCCGUCGCCUGCCGGCACUCCUGUCUGGGUACCAUCCGUCUGGCUGGCUGGCUGGCUGGCUGUUUGACACCUUCGCACUACAACACCGAUCGACGAGUACUUCUUCCCCGCCAUCCGUUCACAUUCGCUCUCUCCCCCCACACCACGCCCCCCAGCUGCUCCCCCGGCAUGCACACACACACACACCCUACAUCACUCGAUCAAGACAGCCGACGGAUAGGUGUGACAGAUAUGAUGUCUGUCAAGGAACAUACACGCUAAUGGCAGGUAGACCAUUCAUGCAGGCAGGCCACAGCCCCCAUGCAUCACAGGCAGUCGCACACAGACGCGCCACUCAGCAGACAGAGAGAGCGAAAACCCGUUGUUGCCUCCAUUCCUGUCUGGCUACCCGUCUGUCUGUCUGUCUGUCUGUCUGUCUGUCGGACACCCCCGCCAGCUGACUGGUGGAGAAGACACAGACACUCAGGAAAAGCAUAUCUAGCUCUGCUCCCCCCAUACGACGCCCCCAUGUGCUGCCCCAGCACACUCAUCACGGCACCGCGUGUGCACUUGUGAGGGGACGACUCGGUCGUCCAGGUCUGAACAAAGCGCCUAUCCUCGGGGUCCCCUAGCAGGUGAAGGUCAAUCUUGACCCAAAUCGCCGCCAGCAUCAGCGGCCACCCCUGGCCCCCACUGUGCCUCGUCGUUGGGAGGUGUAGCCAUCAGAUCAGUCACAUACCGGAAUAUCUGAUGACAUUGACGUGGCCGCUAUACGGAAGAGUACGAAGGCCCCAGAGCUGAGAAUCCUCCAGUGGCGCGGCGCCCUUCUCUUGCUAGUAAAGGCCGCCCGGGUGCCGAACCCGUCGUAAUGCUCAUUCCGCAACACCAGCGGCCUCCUCCCUUGCAGAAAAUACACCAUCAUCACAUGAGGCUUCCAUCUGGCAAAAAUCGCCUCCGCCCUCUUCAGCCGGAGGGUCAGCUGCUCGAUCGCGACUGCCAUGCGGCAGCCGUGGCUGAGUGCCGCAGGAAGAGGAGGCUGGAGGAUGACCCACAUCAGGAAUGACCCGACGCCGACAAUGGGCAGCAGCACACCCAAUACAUGCAGAAGGAUGGGCAGGAGGGAUCGGCUGAGGGCGCUGCGAUGACUGGGGGCCACCGAAGAAGCCACGUCCAGGGUCAGCUGAGUGAUGGGCACCUCCACUAAAGCACUAAGGACGGCUUCCACAACGACGGGCAGCAGUCGUGUGAGGACGGCUGUUGUGAAUUGGGUGGGAUGGGCGUCAAUGAGGGCCUCCAGCUGUGAGUAACUCCUGACGUACUCGGCGACCGUCGGGGCGAGGUGUUGCGGCACAUGAGAGGCAUCGAUGGUGCGCUCAUGCUGCUGCUGGGUCGCCGACGAUGCACUGGCCGCACCUGCAACACGCCACACACACAAACAGACAGCUGUGUGCCGGCAUGACAACUGUGUCCUUCUGCAGCAUCGCCCCCCGAGAUCGCCCUUACCGCCAGCAGCGGAUGGAUCCGUUACGAGCAGCACCUGACAUCUGCAAGAAACGCACAGCACAUGACUGAGACCACACACUUUUGCUUGUGUUCCCUUUCCCUCCCUCCCCCCCUGCCGCACCUUGCGAGUCACACAGAUCUGCCAGACACAGUAAAGAGACCACACACACUGUCAUCCUUGAUGGCCUCCCGCCCCUGCUGCUUGUCCUUUAGCACCUCAAUGCGUCAGACUCUGGGUGAUGAAUUCGACGUCCGUCGGUGGAAGCUCGUUGGGGCCG